AUGAUUGUUUUACAACCAUCUCAUAACGAUAUUCAUACAAGGAGUCUUGAUUUAGCUAGUGGAAACUUCUCUGCAAUUCCUUCCCAACAUAUUCCUUCCUCCAUGUAUCAAACUGCCCCCCAGUAUCAACAACAGUCCUUUGUUUACUCAAACAUAUAUCCUUCCGCUUCUCAUCAUUCAAGAUCACCAUCUACCUCAUCGUUAUCUAGGCAUUCACCAGCCGAUACUUCGUUCACUAUAGAUACAAAUUAUUUGUAUCAACCAUCUGUUAAUACUACUAACGCUAUGGCUACUUCACCUGACGUACAAAAAGCUUCGCCUAUUCAACAAAAUCAUUCUUCUCCAAUGAUGCCUUCUGGAUCGGCAUCAACUGUUACUUUAUCGCCUGAUAAUCCCAAUAUUCUUCCACCUUUGUCUGAAGUAUUCCCAACUUCAUCUGCUCAUCCUGGUCAGCAGAAUUCGUCUUCCGCAUCAUCCCCAAUUCAAUCUCAAGUUGUUCCACAAUCACAACAGCAACAAACGAAUGCAAAUAUGCCUAUGACUUCUGCCGCCGCACAUUCUGGUUUUUAUCAAACCAUUUCACAAUAUUCUGAUGUAAACGCUGCGGCAGCUUCAUUCGCCGCUCAACAGGUUACCGAUACAGUUACUUUUUCAGCAGCACCAAUGAUGUCACAAAGUCAACAACCUCAAAUUGCCUCUAACAUUUCUGUUGCUGAUCCUCGUACAUUACCUCGUAUUGGUCCAAAUGGAUCUGAAAUGCAAGCUCGUAGUAAUGCAUCAAUGCUCGCUAUUAACACAAAUGGAUUGACAGUUGGAGCUACAGAUACUAGUCCAAUGAGUGCCGGGUCUUCUACAGGAUCACCUAUAGUACCAGGAGUUCCAAAUACACUUAGCUAUCAUCAUAGCGCAAAUGCGGCACAUCAUCAAGCCUUACUUAACAGCCAUUUUAUGGCAGCCGCACAAUCUAUGAAUAAUGGUAGUUUGAUAGCAUCUACAAGACAACGUUCACCUAAUAAUCAUCAUCGAGGAACAAGAUCAGAAGAUGGUAGUGAUGCUAUUUCUCAAACCACUAAUGGAGAACGUCCUCAAAAAGUAUACUCAUUUGUUGCUCUACCGGGCAUUAACACUAAGAAAAGACCCCGUCGACGAUAUGAUGAAAUUGAACGUCAUUAUGCUUGUAAUUAUUCUGGAUGUACAAAGAGUUAUGGUACUCUUAAUCAUUUAAAUGCACAUGUACAAAUGCAAAAACAUGGUCCGAAACGACAUCCUUCCGAACUUCGGAAACAAUGGCGACGUCAAAAACGUGAGGAAGAAGAACGUAAAGCUGCUGAAGCUGCCAAUGCCAAAAACGUUAUGGGCUUAAAUAUAAAUUCUCUUUCCACGAUAUGA